GAAGCGCGAGGCGCCCGCGGGGUGCUCGGUUGGUGUCAUGAGUCCCUGAGGCCGUCGCGCGCCAGGGUGCCUCGCCAUGGGGGGACCUCCCGCUUUGGUCUCCGCCAACGGCAGCCUGAGCCUGACAACCCGGCCCGGCCGCCUCGUUGUGUCCUCCUCGGGGGCCGGGCCUGGGGACGGGAGCCGGGGCUGCGAGAACGGGGCCUUCAUGGACAGCUUCGGUAUUUUCCUGCAGGGGCUCCUGGGUGUCGUGGCCUUCAGCACCCUUAUGCUAAAACGCUUCAGAGAACCAAAGCAUGAAAGACGUCCUUGGAGGAUAUGGUUUUUAGAUACGUCUAAACAAGCCAUAGGGAUGUUGUUCAUACACUUUGCAAAUGUGUAUUUAUCAGACCUAACUGAAGAGGACCCUUGUUCACUGUACCUUAUAAACUUCUUGCUGGAUGCAACCUUAGGGAUGCUGCUAAUCUAUGCUGGUGUGCGCGUAGUCAGCAGCAUUGUGGAAUGGCAGCAGUGGGAGUCCCUUCGCUUUGGUGAAUAUGGUGACCCGCUGCAGUGCAGUGCUUGGGUGGGACAGUGUGCACUGUACAUAGUGAUCAUGAUGUUUGAGAAAACCAUCAUCAUUAUAGUCCUCCUAAUACCUCAGUGGAAAGAGGUAGCUUUAUUGAAUCCUAUAGAGAACCCCCAGUUGGAGCUGGCUAUCGUCAUGCUGAUAGUUCCCUUCUUUGUUAAUGCAUUAAUGUUCUGGGUAGUGGAUAACUUUCUUAUGAAGAAAGGGAAGACAAAAGCUAAACUCGAAGAAAAGGAAGUGGGGCAAGAUUCAAGGAACGGAAGUAAAGUCCGAUACAGGAGAGCAGCAUCACAUGAAGAGUCAGAAUCAGAAAUACUUAUUUCAGCAGAUGAUGAAAUGGAGGAGUCAGAAGUUGAAGAGGACCUACGGAGACUGACUAACUUAAAGCCUGUUAAGAAGAAGCAUCGAUUUGGGCUGCCUGCAGCCCCCGUGAAAAAGAAGCGUCCUCCAGUGAAGGAGGAAGAUCUCAAAGGGGCUAGAGGAAAGCUGUCCACAAACCAGCAGAUUAAAUCCAAAACCUACCAAGUCAUGAAGCAAUGUGAACAAGAGGGCUCUGUGGCACCUUCCAUAUUCAGUCAAGAUCGGACAGGAGGUGAAACAGCCUUUGAGAAGCCUAAAGGAGAGCCACCGAAGAGCAUCUUUGGCUGAUAACCAAGUUUAACCUGUGUGACAAAGAUUCCUAACGUAACACUUAAUCCCAAAUUGCUGUCGCUUAUACUAAACUUAUUGCUGCACUAGUAAAUCAACUUAAUUCUUUCAAAUUAGUCAUUAAUUAAGAGGACUCAUUUUGUAGGCUACAACUUCCUUUUCAGGGGCAGCUCCAGGCCCCAGCACGCCAAGCGCGUGCUUUGGGCAGCAUGCUGCAGGGGGC